CUCUCUCUACCAUGUACCCUUCCACAGUGGAUGAUCACAUAUUGCAACCCCCGACACCCCCGCACCCAACGGCGCCACCGCCGCCUCGGCCUCCGCCUCCGCCGCCUCCGCCGCCACCGCCGCUCAUUUUGGCUACUGAUGCAGCGCGGGCUUACCACUACCACCCGCCGCUAUUGUCGUCGAUGGCGGCUCCUCAUGCCCUCCAUGUCCUGUCGCAGGUGCCAGCCCCGUGGUCCACCGGGCUCUUCGACUGCUGCGACGACGUCGGCAAUUGUUGUGUUACCUUUUUCUGCCCCUGCAUCACCUUCGGCCGGAUCGCAGAGAUCGUCGACCGCGGAUCCAUUUCAUGCGGGGCGAGCGGAGCGCUGUACGCACUGAUACUCUGCGUGACGGGGUGCAACUGCAUGUACUCGUGCUUCUACCGGUCGAAGAUGCGGGGGCAGUACCUGCUGGAGGAGAGCCCCUGUGCCGACUGCGCCGUCCACUGCUGCUGCGAGUCCUGCGCCCUCUGCCAGGAGUACAGGGAGCUCAAGACCCGCGGCUUCGACCUACGCUUAGGGUGGCGAGGUAAUAUGGUGAGAAACAAAGCAAUGCUGCCACCAAGUGUUGAAGGAGGCAUGAGCCGCUGCUAAUUUAAAAAG